UUGACGGCGUAUCGAUUUACGGUGCUUUAACAGAUAGUUACAUGCUUUGAUAAAAGAAGUGAAGUUCAUUAUUUUAAACAUUCUCUAAAAUAAAGUAUACUUCAGUAACAUUAAUGUUUGGAUUAUAAUGUUAUAUAAGUACUUUUAUUAUAUAAAAUAUAAUUUUUUCAACAAAUUAUCGAACAAAUGUAUAUUUAUCUUAUGUUAGUAAAUUUUUAUGACGUCACCUACAAUGUCGUGUAGAAAAAAUUAUAUAGUGACAUGUGAAAAAAUGAAUGUGUGCUUUCGAUUUUAUUUUUAUUGAGAAAAUAUGAUUGCUGGAAUUUUUAUUUUUCUAAUUCGUCGACGAUUGUAUACAGUAUGUUUUCUCUCAGAAUCGAUUUUGUCGUACGAACGUGAUAAUUUUUUGAUUCUUUCUCCUGUUGUUCUAGUGCAUUAAUCUUGUUUGUUAAUUAUUACAUUUAACCAUGAUACGAGCUAAAACAAUGUUUAAAACAGUAAUAAACAAUGGGAAUCGAUACUACAGAAUUAUAUCGGAAGUUGCGAAUGAGGUUAGGAUUGUAACUUUAUCCUAUACAUCAGUUUCACAGACUUGUACUCCUUCAAGUUACUUUAAAAAUGAAGUGAAGUGUGAUGACGUGUAUUCAAGUAAGACAAAUUUGAAUGAAAGAGAUAUUAAUAUAACUGUAUAUUUGGAUAUAUUCAAAUUCGAUGUUCGAUGAGUUUACAAGUUGCAGCAGGAAAGAUAAACAUCAUGGAAAAUGUUGAGAACAAUUUUUUUACAUAACACGGAUCGUCUGGCAGAUGUCGUCAAUCAGCUAUUAGAAUAUUAUGGCCAGGCCGUAAGAAGCAAUGAACAAUCUAGAUAAUAUAUAGAACAACAUUUUUCCAUGAAAUUUCAAGAUGUUCACAACUUUUGUUCAAACGAUUGAUUUAAAUGUAAAACUGCUGAAGCAGCUGAAACUCUAUAUUGGUUCACAUGUAAGAAUUCUGCGUUAAUCUGUUAUAUCAGUUAUGAAGAUAAUUACCAUAAACCACUAUCGAAGAAUUAAAUAGGAAACAUUAAAUGUAAAUGAAUCAUUCUAUUGCAUUGUAUUGAUAAGAAUAUCAAGAAAUGUGUUUGUCUGAAUCUCAUAUAUCAAAGCUUGGUAUAUAUGAUACUGUCAUUACAUUUAAUGAUGGUAAUGCUAGCAAAUUGAAAGUUGCUCACAAUAGCUGGGAAUGGAAUACGACAGUCAUAACUAAGAUGUGAAGUGACUUUCAAGGCAAUGUUACAAGCUUGAAAAAUUUCUAAGAAGAUGUGAUCUUUGAUAUGCUUGGAAGGUUUAGAAGGAUAUAAAUUUUAUAGUAGCAGAGGAUUUGGUUGCUUUUUCUACUGAAAAUUAUUUUAGAUUUCAAUUAUUCGAGCAAAAACUUAAAAAUGAAGUUUUGACCUUUAGAAUUGUUAAACCUUCAGGUCGUCUUGGAUAUGCUGAAUAAAUGGUAGAGGGGAACAAUAUUAAGCUGCUUCAAUCUGAUUUUAUAGUUUAGUGUAAAAGUGAACUCUGUUCGAGUAUAUACACUUAUCGUCGAUUUGGAAGAGUAGAAAUGAUGAAACCGCUAUUAGAAGAGUCUGAUCAAGAAGUGGCCCUUGAUUCAACAGUUGGAACAUCAACUAUAGAAUCGUCUGUCGAAAUAAUCGAUAAGCUUACACCUAUUCAAAAGUUUUACGACGAUGAAAGUGUAUUUUUGACUGGCGGAACUGGAUUCAUGGGAAAAUUAUUAAUCGAGAAAUUGUUAAGAGGAUGUCCUGGCAUCAGAUGCAUUUAUAUUUUGAUACGUUCGAAAAAAGGGAAAAAUGUUCUUGAACGCUUGGAUGAACUUAUGGAAGAUUCGUUGUUUUCCAAGUUGAGGAAGGAAGAAACAAAAUUCCGAAAACGAAUAGUCGCAAUCAAGGGGGAUUGUAGCUUACCAAAUCUCGGUAUUUCCAAAAUUGAUAGAGCUACACUCAUACGCGAAGUAUCAAUUGUUUUCAAUGUCGCCGCUACCGUAAGAUUCAAUGAAGCAAUGAAAGCGGCGAUAGCUAUUAACGUCCGAAGUCUAAGGGAUUUGAUAAAGUUGUCCAAAGAAAUGCCGAAUCUGAAGAGUUUCGUUCACGUAUCCACGGCUUAUGCGAACUGCCUUUAUAAUCAGAUCGAGGAAAAGAUUUAUGAUCCACCGAUAGAUGCCGACAAAUUAAUCGAUUUGAUUGACCUUAUGGAAGAAAAAUUACUUAACGAUAUUACACCGCAUUUACUUGGAAGAUGGCCAAAUAGUUAUGUGUAUACGAAAUCACUUGCUGAGAAUGUGGUAAAAAAGCAUGCUGACACGAUACCGAUUGGAAUAUUUCGUCCUGGAAUUGUGAUAUCCACGUAUCGAGAACCUGUUCAAGGAUGGGUAGAUAAUAUGUACGGACCUAUAGGAAUUACAGCAAAUAUUCUAAUGGGAAUAAUGCGAAUUCAUCAUUGCGAUGCAUCGAUGAAAGUGAACUUGGUACCCGGAGAUCUGACGAUUAAUGGAUUAAUUGCUAGUGCCUGGGGCAUUGCUAAUAAUUUAAGAUCCAAUGAAGGUAUUCCCAUUUACAAUUACGUAUCUCAGGAUAAUCCAAUCACUUACGACAGAUUGAAGGAAAUGACGUUAAAGUAUGAACGAUUGAUACCGUCUAAAGAAAUAUUUUGGUACUGUAGUUUUAAGAUGACAAAAUACCGGCUGAUCUAUCUAAUCUAUGUGUACUUUCUACACUUACUACCAGCUUUUAUAAUCGAUGCGAUCGCAUUGUGCGUGGGUAAACAACCGAGGUUACUCGGAAUGUAUAAGAAAAUUCACCAAAUGUCGGACGUUUUUGGUUAUUUUUGUACGAACGAAUGGACGUAUACGAAUGAAAGAUGGAAUGAACUAAUGAAGAAGUUGACACCCGCAGAUCGUGACUUAUUCCUUUGUGAUAUGAAUGAUAUCGUUUGGGAUAUUUAUUUUGCGACAUAUGUUGUAGGAAUAAGAAAAUACAUCUUAAAGGAUCCCAUUGAAACGCUUCCACAAGCUCGUAUAAAAUGGCGAAGGCUUUACUGGGCCCAUCAAGGAUUCAAACUUUCUAUAGCCUGUAUUUUUUUUGUGAUCAUAUGGGGUAUUUUACUGAGCGUUCCCAGACUAUUUUUAACGCUACCAUCUUCAUGAAGUAAGCAAGAUCGUCAAAGAAAAUGUAGGAGGAAUAAUAAUAAUUUACUCUUUCAUCUUAAUAUAAGUCAAUUAUUUCUUUUAUAAUAAUGAAUCUUUGUUAAACGGUUUGGUGAGAGGUAAUGAUACUUUUGGUACGGGUUAAGGAUAUUUUAGUGAAUUUUUAUCUAUAAAAUUUCGAGCAGGUUUGGUCUUUUUUGCGUCAUUUUGAAGGUCUGGUACUCUUCUACUCCUCUUGAUGGCGACCAUCUGCCGCAGGUCGCGAAUUGAUGUAAAAAAAAAGAAAUAGAUAUAAAUUUCAAAUGAAUUCUCAAUCUGUGCGAAUGUUGCUAUUGAAAUGUACGUUGUACAAAAUGCACAAAAUAAUAAAUGUACGAGACGUGGAUUUAAAAAAUUCUAUGAUUCUCUGAAAAAUCAAA